AUCCUCCAUCUUCCAGCCAAGCCCCUGAGCAUGAUUUAUAUGGCCUUGAGCAACAUUGAUGAUGCUCUUCACCUUGCCCGUUGCUGCACUUACCUUAAUGGUGUAUUUGAAGAACAGCGUUUGGAGAUUUUCAGACAUAUCAUUCAGACUGCAGAUCAUCAUACCUACGAUCCUCAUUUGUCUAAUGAGAUUGGUCUGCACGAACACUUUGCCCGGGAAAUGUACACCACACCCGAAAUUCGUCUGGACCCUCCUCGCCGCAAGGCGCUGAUCAGCGACUACAAGGCUUCCCGUAAAUCCAGCCCCGUGCUGUCUGCUGAAAUGGUUUGGGAGACGGUAGUUCGGUGGCAAGCUAUGCGGCUUUUAUUUGAUUUCUACUGCGAUGAGUCUGUGCAGGGGACGUAUGGCAAGUCCGCGUACCAUUGGGAAUACGAUGAUGAGGCCAUUUGGGACACGCGCAAUCCAUUCCCGCCUCCGUCGGGAUCGAUGUGCCAAAGGCUGGUCUCCCUGGGCGACAAGCAAAGACAACGCGUCUAUGAGCGGUUCUAUAAAGCUCUCACCGCAAACUGGUGGGUGGCCGGACGGCGGUGGUCUGCCAAGGUCGACGUGUAUGAAAGCUCCAAGCAAGAGUGUUACGUCAAGCUUGCUGACAUGGCGGAGGAACUGCGGCACCUGAUCAACCCCACACAUCGAUUGCAGGAAAUUCUGGACAUGGUGGAGAUAUAUGACUUUGUGUGGAGCUUCCUGGCGCGCAAGGCUCUGCAACUGACGAGCCCGGCGGACUGGAUGGCUGCGUGGGAUUCAUGCCCCAUUCAUAGAGUUCCUCACCGCUGCUAUCAUAAAGCCCACGACCCCUGGGUGCGUUACCUCAAACAUAUACUGGAGUACCUGCGACCGCCCAGUAUCAUUGAACUUGUACUGUCCGCGCAAUGGGCUGCGCGUGGAGAUUGGCGGGUGGAUCACGAGGCUUAUUUGCGCCACCUCGGAGCCAUGGAUGAGCCUUAUGGGGUG